AUGAAUUUUCGCCCGAACAAACUUUUGCUUCUAGUAACAAAAGGAACAAAAAAUGAAAUUAAAAAAUUUGUUAGCAGUUUUUCUGGAAAUGUAGAAGAGGUCUUAAGUGACAAUGGGAAUAACAAAAAAUGGAAAAAGGAAAUCGAAAAUUUAAGAAAAAACGAAAACAAUAAAGAAAAAAAAAUGUGUGACGUUGACAUUAAGGAGCUUAAUUAUAUUAUUCAAAAAGAGAAAAGGAAAAAAAUACAAGAUAGAAUAAAACGAGAAAAUAAUAAAGAAGAAAAUUUUGAUGAUACCAACGAAUUACAGGGUAGUGAAGAAACUGGCUUAUGUAACAAAGAAAAUGAAGAAAAUAUAAAUUUAUUUCAAAUAAAUACUUUUAUGAAAAAUAUUAACUUAAAUAAAAGCAAAAUGCUCGAACUUGAAGAAUGCAUAAAUUAUUAUGACAAAUGGAGCACUGAACAAAUUAAUUAUAUAAAUAUGAAAACAGCCGAAAAAAGAACGGUUGUGAUAAAUAAAAACAAUAAUGAUAGCAAUGGUUAUAUUUUUAGCAAUUUGGAUAAAAAUAUGGAUAAUAUAAAUAAUUAUUAUGAUUUAUUUUUUGAAAACGAUGAACAUUCGGAAAAAUUAAAAAAUAAAAAUUAUUAUAAUAGUUUGUUUAACGAAAAUGACCCACGUUUAACAUGGGACGUCCAAGAUGAUAUAUUUUUUUCAAAUCUAGAUAUAGAAUUUUUUAAUAAAUAUUCAGAUCAUAAUUAUUCGCAAUUUUUAGAAACCCUUGACCAUAAAAAAAAUGUCUACUUGGAUUAUAUUGACAAAAGAAAGCCAGUUAAAUUUUUAAAUAAAUAUCAAAUUAUUGAAGUUUUAAAUGAUCAUGCUAAGAAUUUGUUUUUAUCGGACAGUUCUCAAAAUAAGAAAUACGAUAUUUUUAUAAAUCAAGGUAAUAUUACUAACAACCCAUUUAUUAAUGAAAAUACAACUAGCCAAAAUAAUAGUAAAAAUAAUAUAAAAAUGGGCAGACCGUCUCAUAUGAGCAAUUCUAUAAUAUUUAGUAAAGAAUGUAUAUUACACAAUAUUUUAAAAAUAAAUUAUACAGAAAAUAAUAAUUUUGAAAAUUAUAUAUCUCAAAACGGAGAAAUUAACACUAAUGAUUUAAUAAAUAAAGUUAGCUCUACGCAAAAUGAUACUACUAGUAGCGCAUUUUUUGAGAAGUGUAACAAAGGAAAUAACGAAUUAUACUUUAACCUUAUUAAACGAAUAGAAUUUAUUGCUAUGUCUUUUAGUGUGCAGGAAAUUAUUUUUAUAAUUUCUUUUUUUUAUAUAAAAAAAAUUCCACAAUUUGAUAUCCUCAACAAAUUUAUUCAAAAUUUUUUGAUUAGUUUGUAUCUUUUAAAAGUUGACGAUGUUUUGAUUUUAUUAAAAAUCUAUGGAACUUGGAAAAAUGCUUACGACGAUUUUAUUCACGUUCUCUUAAUUUAUUUUUUUAACUUAAAAAUGAUGGCAUCAAAUCAAAAAAAAAAAACAUCACAUUUAAAACAAUCCAUUAGUUCUACACUAAAUAAGAAGGAAAUACAGAAUAAAGGAAAUUCUUAUAUUGACUCAAAAAAUGGUGAAAUAUUUUCUUCAUAUAGCGAUCGUAUUUUUUUAGAAAUUUGCCUGAACAACAAUAUAAAAAUAAAUAAUUCAUUACAAAUUUUUUAUUCAAAAAAUAAUUUAAAAUGUUAUGAUAAAAAAUAUUUUUUAUUAUUAUUCCAAUCUUUUUACAAGUUGACUGACUAUAAAAAUCAGGAAUUAUUUUUUAAUUCAAUACAAAAUUUUCCAUUUUUUUUUGAGAAUUUUAAAUUAUUAAACAAAGCAUCAUAUUUACGAAAUAUAUUAUAUGAGAUAAAAAAUGGAGACCCAAAUGUAAAGUUGUCUCUUAGAGAGUUGGAAAAAGUUUUAGGUUCAAUAAUUCACAUGAACAGUUCAGAAUUUGUUGAAAAUUUUAAAAAUUGUUUAGCUAGCUAUUAUCACGAUACAGAUAGAGAGUUUUUAUUGGAAAAUAUUUCUAAUGACAUACAAAAAUAUAAAAUUAAAAAAAAUAAUGAUGAAAAAUUUAGUGAACUAAUUUUAAAUGCAAAUGUGUGCAUAAUGAAUUUUUCUAUUUUUUAUAAUUUACUAAUAAAAAACUUAAAAGAAUUAAUGGUUUUUUCUUUUUUUAACACUACACAUUUAUUUGAUACAAUAAAAAAUGCAAGUUUUUCAGAAAAUCAAAUUUCAGUUUUAAAAAAUGAUAUUUAUUUCCCUUGCUUGGUUAAGACAAAAUUUAGAAUAAAAUCGGAAAACGAGGAAAUAAGUAACAAAUUGAAAUUUGAGAAUUAUUCUCAAGAAAUAGAGACAACAUUUAUUGAAAACAAUUUAGAUAUUUUUAAUGAUAUUACAAAAUUAAAAUAUAUUUUUACAUGUGAAAAGGAAGAUAUAAACAACUUUUUAUAUCAUUACAAAAAAAUAAGUGUGCAAAAUGUUCCUAUAAGUUUUAUAGUAAAUUCGAUAUAUUUUAUUAAUGAAUAUUUGUCUAAUUUUAAAAAUAUAUUUGAAACAAUAAAAAAUUUUAAAACAGACAUUCUUUAUAUCCUUUCAUUUUUAUACUCAAAAUACUUGGUUAUAUUAAACGGUUUAAAUGAUAAUAAUAAAAAAAAAAAAUUAUUAUUUUCAUUUCUGGAAAAAAUUAUACCACCAUUUGGUAAUUUUAAUCAAAAUGAAAUAAUAGACAUAAUCAAGGAACUAAAUAAUUUUAUUCCAUUUUGUGAAUUUUACAAAUAUAGAGAAUUAGACCAAAUAAAAGAGGAAAUGAUAGAAAAAAAUAAUCCAAUUAUAAAUUUACAAUUUUGCAAAAAUAAUGUUAUAAUAAGCCAAAAUAUUAUUAAUACUAUGUUUUUAAUAUUUAUUAAUUAUUUUAAUUAUAUUAAAGAAAAUUAUAUUUCUAAUAACUUUCCAAAUGUAUUAAAAAUAAUUUUAACAACUUCUGUAUAUAUUCAUAUUUUUAAAGGAGGAAAUAGUGAAUAUGAAAAUCAUUUUAUUCAUGAAUUUAUAUUUUUAAAAAAAAAAAAAAAUAUUUCGAGAAAUGUAAACAAUAUACCCAAACUAGCUGAAAAAUUGCUAUAUAAUUUAUUAGACACAAUUAUUUCUUUUUUUCUAAUUUAUAAAUCUAAAUAUUAUUGUAUGCGAUUAUAUGAUAGUCAACUUAUCCAAAUGAUUAGUUCACUUUCUUAUUUUUAUUUUUGUUUAUCUAUAUGUGAAAAUAAAAAUAUAAAAGAUCAAAAUGGAAGCAAACAAAAUAAAGCACAUAUUUUUUAUAACGAUAUUUUUAGUUUGUUCAUUGAUGAUUUAUGCAAAUUGAAUUUUGAAGAAAUUUCUGAAUUAAAUAAAUUAAAAAUAUUUGAAGCAACAAGUAUAAUAUUUAUUCUAAACACAUUAAAUACAAUUUCAACAAAUAAAAAUGAAAUUAUUUUUUUAUUGAAUAAGACAAUUAAAUAUAUUGUAGAAAAUUAUAUUUAUAUUAGUACAGAAAACUAUAAAUUGAUUACAAACUCAUGUCAAAAUUUAAAACGAAAUCAAAAUAUUUUAUUAACAUAUGAUAUGUUUGAUUUUCUACAUUACCAAAAACUUAUGACUAUUCUUAAAAUGUAA